CGUACGCGCGCAUAUGCACAUACGUGGCGAGGGCCUUAAAUCUUCAGGUAGUUUUCAGCUUCCUGCUUGAUCCACCAGGGCGGCGCACCGGUAUCGUUGAAUCACGAAUAUUGUAUACAGCAGUUUCCAACGACUAAUCGACCAAUGCUAAAGAAAGUGAUUUCUAUACAUUCUACCAUUAUGUGUAUUCAGUUGUAUUGUAGGAUUGUAGUGAACAGGUUAUUCUCUGUCACUAAUUAAUAAGAGAAUAAUCCUUAAAACUUAAUAAACUUGAAAAAGUGUUUUGAACAUAAGAUUUUCUUCAAAACAGAAAUUGGUAUGUCGGAAUCUAAGGCACGCCGUGGCUGGGAUGACCGACGUAACCCUGAAGACACUUAUCACCGUAAACGCAAGAGCAAUGACGAUCAUCAUAGGAAAGACGAAGGUCGUUCCCAUCAUCGAGAAUUGGAUAGUAAAAGAUCUCGAGGAAACGAUGAAAACAACCGACAUCGCAAUCACGAUGUUGACAGAUCACACAGAGGGGACGAUGAUAGACGCGACAAGAGUCGUGACCAAAGCAAUAACUUUAGAAGAAAUGAUGAUCGGAGCAAGAGAUCUCGUUUCCAACAGUCGUUUGUAAAAAAGGAGGACGCAUCGCCAGAGUGGGGCAAACCGAAAGUGAAGGAAGAAAAAGUUCAGCCUCAAGAAAAACAGAAGCCUAAUUUUGAAACUUCUGGAAAGCUGACCGAAGAUGCAAACACAGUGCAUGGAAGAGUGAUCAAAUAUUCAGAACCUCCAGAUGCUCGAAAACCAAAGAGAAUUUGGAGGUUAUAUCCAUUUAAAGGUGAAAAGCAAUUGCCAGUUAUAUAUCUACAUAGACAAUCUGCCUACCUGAUUGGUAGAGACAGGAAAAUUGCUGAUUUUCCCAUGGAUCACCCUUCAGUUUCAAAACAGCACGCUGCAUUUCAAUAUCGUUUAGUACCAUUCAAGAGAGAAAAUGGGACUGAGGGAAAACAGAUUAGACUUUAUUUAAUAGAUUUAGAAUCUGCUAAUGGAACUUACGUAAAUAAUGUCAAAAUUGAGCCACGUCGGUAUCAUCAACUUUUAGAGCGAGAUGUUGUGAAAUUUGGGUUUAGUACCAGAGAAUUUGUCCUUUUACAUGAGAAUAGUAAAGAUGAUACACAAGAUGAUGAUGUAAUAGAAGAACCUACCAGUCAACCAGCUCAGUAAAAAUUCUUUUUAAAAGUAAAUUUUGAAUUUUUAAGUUUGUUCUAUGUUAACAAAAUCAAAAUUUUUUUUUUUGAAAACAUGAAUUAUAACUUUACUAAUUUGUAAAAAGAUUUUGACAAUAUUGCUCUAUAGAUAUUUAUUCAUAGUAGAUUCUCAAAAUGUAUCGUUCUUUUAUAACGAUGUUAUUUAUUUCAUUAUAACUAAAUUAUAAUUAAAUAUAAAUAAGGUAGAUAUUUCCAGUUUAUAAUUUUAUUUUUUUCAUCAAAUCUUAACAAGAACAAUAUUCUACAAGUUUCUCAAUCCAAUAGGAUUUUAUUAGAAAUAUUUUAAAUUAUAUUUGUUGGCUUUGUUUUUCUUCUACCUUAUUUACAAAUGAUUGGUUUUUUCAAAAACUAUUUUGAAUAGAAACUAGGUAUUGUACAAUGUUUAAAAUGUGAUCAACAACACAAGAU